AUGCAACCACUUCGAUACACAACACGAAAAGAUUGUCAAAAGACCACGCUAGAAAACCCACCGAGAAGCGUUAAUAUCGCUUUAGAAACCGUAUUUGCGUUUAACGAAAACGACAAAUCAGCUGAUAUCAAACUAAUUGAUCAAGUGCAAGAAUUCUUGAAGAGUAUCAAACAUGUGAUCAGGAAAAAUGAAAUAUUUAGAAGAUCAAAAAAUGAUAAUAGUGAUGAUACACCGUUGACUUUCACUGAUUUCGUCAAAAGUAUUAUGAUUAUAUUAAGUUCUUACAACGAAGAUGAUUUAGAAGAUGUAGCAGCGGUAAUCGACGAGGAAUUAAGAAAGUACCAUUACAAAGGUUGUAAAUUCUAUGAAUUAAUAGAAAACAGAGAAGUGCGACGAUUCAUGGCAGACAAAUUGGAUAAAAUCAGAACUAAACCCGGUAAUGUGCUGAAAGGUCAACUGAAAGCUGCUAUUAAAAAAUUAACAAACGAAAACCACGCUAUGAAAUACAAAGAGAUCGGCGAAUAUGUUGAUUCUUUGUAUAAAAAAGGAGAUACUGUUAAAUUCAACAGUUUCCUAAAAAAAAUAGCUUUGUACGGCCGGAAAACGAAAAGGGCCAAUCUAGAUCUUACGAAAAUCAUAAGACGUGGUCUGCGCAAUUUAAUCUUCGACCACUAUAGUAAAUUAGAUAAAGAUACUAGAAGAGACCUGAAAAUAAAACUGGAAACAUUUUGGAAUAACUUCAACGGUAUCGAAUUACAACACGACGUUUGGAAAUUCGAAUCGCCAACGAAAUCAUAUAAACACAAGCAUUCGAUAAAAAAGAAAGUUGUUACAAACAGCGUCGAGGUAGAAUCAGUGCCAUCUGUGACUAAUAAACGAAUAAAGAAAAGGAAAUCCUUAAAAAAUAGUAUGAAAAUAUCUGACGUAGAUAAAAAGAAAGUGAGUAGAACGCCGAGAUUUACGUUUAUAACAUUAUACCCCGAAGCUAUCACUUUUGUAACACAACAUCGUCAUGGAAACAAAACAUCACGGAAAGAGCAUAAAAAGCAUUCUCGCACCAAACCUAUAGAACACAAACUAGUUACAAAAUUCCGGACACACGACGAUUUUAUAGCAAACAAGAGACAAAGAGUAAUAUUCCGAAGUAACUACACGAUCAAUGUUGAACAUUUAAAAUCUAAAUCCAAUAAGAGGGUUAAUAUCAGGGCGAAUAAAAAUAUGAGAGUAUAUAGUAAACUUAGACGUAUAAUAACAGCCAGAAAAUCUAUUGUUGAUUCUAAAAUUAUGGAUGAUUCAACCGAAGGCUUAGCAAUAGAAGCAUUUGAUAAUAUCGACGGACGAAAACUCAUCUAUAGAAAAUCAAUUAAUGCCAACGACACUGACAUAUUGUCCACAACAGUAACUCCAAUAGAGAAUAAAACAGAACCUGGUAUAAAUUCAGAUGUCGUUAAAAGAAUAAAAAAUUUAGAAACUGAACUGAACGCUGUUAAGGAACGCAUCAAGAUAAACAUAGACAGUACAACGAAACCACCAGAUACUACACAUUAUGAUAUACUAGAAUUUUGGGAAGGACCUUCGACAGUGUCAAAAGCAAAUAAAGCUAAUAAAACUAGAAGUCACAUCAGUUUCAGUACUAAAACUAUCAAAACAACUAAAAAACAGAUCACCAAAAAGAAAUCUACCGUGAAAAAGAAUAUAACAACUCUUACAACAACAACAGAAAGCGUAAAACCUAAACCGAAAACCAAUUUCAGAAGUAACAUUCUCGAUCACGAAUUGGAAUUUAAUGAAAUCUUACCAAUCACUACUACUAAGUCAACAAAACGUACAACCCGUUAUCUUGAUAGAGUGGAACUCAAAACAUAUAGUUCUCAAACUACAAAUUCUACAACAGAUGAUAUCGUUACACGUAAUGAAGCAAAUAACGCAACUACUAAAGCUAUCGAUAAAGUUACAACACAUACAACUGCAUAUGAAAAAAAAACCCCGGAUUUUGAAAUCGAGACUUAUCUUAACGACACUAAAUUGUUGGACGAUGAUAUUAAAUCUCAAAUGGUGAAACAAAAGAUGGAAGAUGAUUUGGAGAAAUUGAUACCCAAUUUAAAAGUUGAAACUUGGGGUACCACAAAUGACGGUCUGUCCGUCGACAAAAUCGCUACUAAAGAUGCGUUGGCUAUUAUGGAUGAAGAUGAUAUGGUAUGA